AUGUGUCACUAUAAAACUAUUUCUCAUCAAGAAUUGAUAGAAAUUAGUCUUGAAUUCGAAAAACUGCUUGAACCUUAAUUAAACUAAAAUAGUUCAAUUUUUACAAGUAAUAAUCUAGAUAAAUUUCUGAUAUAAGUUUCUUCGAUAAAGAGAACCUUCUUAAAGAUUUUAGAGCAGAAAGAAUUUAAAAUUGUUAUUAAAGUAUCUAUAUCUUAAUUUAGCUUAGCUUCUUAAAUAAUUAGGCUUUACAAUCCAUAAUUGAUAUUAAAAUUGAUUCAGGAAAUUUAUUAACAUUAUUAAAAUAUGUUUAAGGAAAAAUUAUAAACAGAACAAGUGUCUGAUGUUCAAAAGAUUCUUAUUAUGAUAUAAUCUAACUUAAAUAUUUAUAAAGGAGCACUAUCGAAAAUGAAAUAUAAAUAUAUAAUUAAACUAAUAUAAAUGAAUACAUAAAAUAAUAAUUAUUGA